AUUCUUCAUCAAAAACCUCCCACGCAUCUCUACCAGACAGUCUUCCUUCAUUCCUUCUCCGGUUUCGAUUCUCGUUUCUGAAACCCUACAUUCUCUGCAAUUCGUGCAAUUUCCUCUCCGUCUCGGGUUUCCGAAUUCCGAGCGGCGAUCUUCUCUUCUCUGCGUCUUCGCCGGAGGGGAAACGAAGGAGGACGAGGCGCCUGAGCUUUCUCCGGGGGGUUUUUCCAUGACUUAUUAUGAGGAAGACGGUCAGGGCGAGGUGGUGCCGGAGCUCGGGGUCAGAUUCGGCGGCGGCGACGUCAAUGAGGGAUACGUGAAAUUGAGGAUGGGACCUGAUGAAUGCCGGCCUGGAGAAGGGUUUGAUGGCUCCGUCGAACCAUCUUCUUCGAUCAGUGGUAGAUCGUGGUGGUACUGGGCUCGGUUGGUUCUAUUGGUCCUCUGCGGCAGUUUGUUGGCCGGGGUUUUUGUCAAAUGGAUUGGUCCCUUUUUCAUGGAUAAGGAGAUUAUUCCUCUUAUACAUUGGGAGACAACAACAUUCAGCACUCCAGUGCUUGCAGUUCUGGUUUUUGCUUCUGUGGCUAUAUUCCCCACCCUUCUUCUACCGUCUUCGCCGUCAAUGUGGGUGGCCGGAAUGACUUUCGGUUAUGGAUUUGGGUUUCUGCUUAUCAUAUCAGCGGCCGCCGUGGGCGUAUCUCUUCCUUACUUCAUUGGCUCUCACUUCUAUCAUAAGAUUCAAGGUUGGUUGGAAAAGUAUCCAAAGAGAGCUUCAAUUCUGAGAUCGGCCGGUGAAGGAGACUGGCUUCAUCAGUUUCGAGCUGUGAUGUUGAUCAGGGUUUCUCCAUUUCCGUAUAUCAUUUACAAUUACUGCGCUGUGGCAACAAAUGUUAAAUAUGGCCCAUACUUUCUAGGGUCCUUGGUUGGAAUGGUGCCUGAAAUAUUUGUUACCAUGUACACUGGGAUCCUAAUACGGACACUCGCAGACGCUUCACAUGAGCACCAAGGCCUUUCCGCUCCACAGAUAAUCUUUACCGUUUUAGGAUUCUGUGCUGCGACAGCUACUACGGCUUUCUUCACUGUAUACGCAAAAAGGAAGCUCAAGCAACUUCAGCGGGAAGAUGAAUUGCUAUUGCAGUAAGUAAAGCUUUUGGCUUCAUGAAAACCAUAUGUUACACGAGCCUGGCCAGGGAAUGAGCAUGGCACAUAUUGGAUGGAGUUAAAAUAUUAAAACGACUUCAUCCAUAAGAGGGGUUUCUUUAUCUUAUAAUGAUUGUAUAGAAACAUUGAGGAAAAGGACAGACGCAAAGGAAACCGUGACAAAGCUCUAACAUGAUUGACAUCUAUGUUAUACUGGAACUUCUUUCUUCCUUAAAAGAAAAUGUCUUCUUUGCUCCUCUAUUUCUCCCUCCUUGGUAUCUCUUUGUCCCCUCUUUCUCCAACCCAUUCUCUCUCUUCAUCAAUUAUCACUUGUAUAUGUUUGAAAUCUUGGUUGGAAAGAAUUGAAUUGACUUUGGGACAAGAUUGUUUACUGUAUAUAGAAAAUGGGUGUUGCUUUUUUUUUUUUU